GAGUAGUAAAAAGAGUCGCGUGCUUGUUCACAGGUAAUCAACAAUGGUGAAGCCCCAUCUUCGGCACUACCAGGUUGUCGGCCGCGAGACCCCUUCGGAGAAGAACCCCGAUCCGACCGUCUACAAAUUUGAGGUCUUCGCGCCGAACUUCGUCGUGGCGAAGAGCCGCUUCUGGCGGAUGAUGCGUCAGAAGAACAAGGUCAAGUCCACCCACGGUGAUGUGCUCUCCUGCAAGGUCGUCAAGGACGCGAAGCUGGCGGCGCGCAACUACCUCGUGGAUAUCGCGUACUACAGCCAGCGCUGCGGCUUCACGCGGAUGGUGAAGGAGUUCCGCGACGUUUCCAAGGCGGGUGCGGUGAGCCAGGCCUACCACGACCUCGCCUCCCGUCAUCGCGCGCGCUACCACAACAUCGAGCUCCUCGAGGUGAAGAGCAUCCCGAAUCACGAGGUGCGCCGCCUGAAUAUCUCGCAAUACCACCCCGCGAACCUCUCCUUCCCGCUGCUGCAGCGCCGCAUCAAGGCCGCCCGCAAGGACCGUGCGAUCUUCGUCAAGAAGGGCACCAAGCGCGCUGUGGUGCAGUAGACGUGAAAGUUCCUUUUCUACUCUGAUCUUUUGUAACUUUUUUGUUCUCAAUUUCUGACUAACACAGAUAUAUAUGUUUAUGCUGUUCAUUGGCUAUUUACGUCGGCUAUGCGCAAAACGCACCCCAUUCAGUGCGAUCAAAAACAUUUCCGAUGCAUUCUCUUCUCUCCCAUUUAUUUCUCCUCUUAUGAAAAUUGAUUAUAUGAGUAAUAUAUCAUUUUGAUAAAUUUACGACAAAAGUAGUUUUAUUUCUUAGUUUCUAAGAGUGCUUAAUCCUCAUUAUUGUUUGCACUAUAAAUAUAUAUAUAUAUUUAUGAAUAAAAAAUAUUUGCAUUGCAAAGGUAUCAUUCUUCCCACAUAUAAAA